AUCUCUACCGAAACGAUUCGAAUUCGAUUACUCGAGAUAAACAAGAUCGGACUUGACUUGAAAUUUCGCGAGUACCUUUUUCAUACGUAUCUCUAGCGUGAAGGUUAUGUCAUUUGUAUAACAUGGCGUCGAGCGAGAGCAGUAAUUUCGGAAAGGUGUUGGAGUAUCGGAUUUACAAGUGCUCCAGUUAUUCCUCCAAUUACAUACCCGAAAAUAUUAUCGUUGAUAUACCGUCGGACCAGACCUCCCGAUGGUCUUCUGACAUUGACAAUCAUCCGCAGUAUCUUAUUCUCAAACUUCAACGCCCUUUCAUUGUCAAACGCAUCACCUUUGGUAAAUAUGAGAAAACCCAUGUUUGUAACAUAAAGAAGUUCAAGAUAUUUGGUGGGUUGGAACCGGAGAACAUGAUGGAACUCCUUGAAAGUGGACUGAGAAAUGACUCUAUACCGGAGACGUUUGACCUUAAGCAUGUGUUAGGAAACGAAGGAAAUCAUUUCCCUGUUCGGUACAUAAAAAUUCUCCCCCUGCAAUCAUGGGGUCCUAGUUUCAACUUUUCUAUAUGGCAUGUCAGAUUAGCUGGUAUUGAUGAUCCCAAGAUUGUCAAACCCUGCCUCGAAUGGUUUAAUAUGUAUCGCCAGAACGAAAUAAUAAGACUGUGCAUAAAGCACUUCCGACAAAUGGAACAACUCGAGAUCGUGCAGACUCUGCAGAGGGUCACUGGAGUUCCGCUGGAGGAUGCGCGGUUGUCGAUGCUCUACGAACUGUUGGUCACCAAAGGCGACCACUUGCAAGCGGAACGUUUUAUCAGCAAUGCGCUUUCGAUGGGACUCUUAAACGAUUAUAUCAAUGCUCAAACUUAUAGAGCAAUUUGGACAAAGCUAUCAUCUAGCGAGCUCAAGCCUGGCAUGCGUGGUGGUCAUCAAAUGGUACUCGAUCCCACGGCUGAAGUGCUUUACCUUUUUGGUGGCUGGGACGGUAACCAGGAUCUCUCUGAUCUGUGGUCGUACGAUAUAGAGGCUGGUAAUUGGACGCUCAUUUGCAAGGACACUGAAGCAGUGGGGGGACCAAGCGCACGAUCUUGUCACAAGAUGUGCUUAGAUCCACAGAGACGGCAGCUCUUUACGCUGGGUAGAUACUUGGACACUCAGUAUCGUACAUGUGAAAAUCUGAAGAGCGAUUUUUAUGUCUAUGACAUCGAGUCGAACAAGUGGACUCAGAUAUCGGAGGACACGGGAGCGAUAGGCGGUCCGCCGCUCGUGUUUGACCAUCAAAUGUCAAUGGAUGUCGAAAAGCGCACUAUAUAUGUCUUCGGUGGUAGAGUCUUGGCUCAUUCAACGAAUGGCGACGAGCAUGGCCUGAUACCGGAACCACAUUUCUCAGGACUGUAUUCUUAUCACGUGCCAACCGGUACUUGGAUGAAGCUCGCUUGUGAUAUCGCUGAUAAGCCCUACUCGCGAGACAUGCCAAUCUACAGAUCUCGCGCCGGUCAUUCCAUGUUGUUUCAUCCGCGAUCGAGAAAGUUAUAUAUAUUCGCCGGUCAGAGAGGUAAAGAGUACUUGAGCGACUUUUUCACCUACGAAGUGGACACGCAUCACGUCGAGUACAUAAGUUACAACGAGUUCGGUACAGCGAAGGAUUCUAAUCAUGUUCCUGCAGCAGGAUUCACGCAGAGGGCGACCAUCGAUCCCGAGCUCGGCGAAAUUUACGUUCUAUCUGGUUUGAGUAAGGAUAAGGAUAAGAGAGACGACAAUGUGCAAAAUUCCUUCUGGGUGUAUAAUAUCCAAAACAGCAGAUGGUCUUGUAUAUAUCGCAACGAGAACGUCGGCGAAAAGUACUGGAGCAAAAUGCAGGAUUACGAACCAUGUCCGCGAUUCGCACAUCAACUUGUUUAUGAUCACACGAGAAAGGUUCAUUUCCUGUUCGGAGGUAAUCCGGGCAGAUCUUGUCUUCCGAAUUUGAGACUCGACGACUUCUGGCAAUUAGAAUUGCGCCGACCCACGCCCGAACAGAUCCUGAAGAGGUGCAAGUUGAUCAUUAGGACGCAUAAAUUCAAGGAACUCGCCUUGAGCAACAGCAUAGAGGCUCUCGAGUAUCUACAGACGAGAGUCUUCGAGAUCAUCGACCACAAUGAUGUGCAGCAAACGAAAGAGUUCCAGUUGCUGACGUCGAUCUUAUUCCGCGGACACGACGACUCGAUGCAGGACGCCUCGCGUUCGGACGCGAUUCUGGGCGACCUGAACGUUGGCACCGCGACGCAAUGUGCGAACACGCGCGACGUCCACAAUCUGCGAACCGAGCUCUACAACAAACUCACGGAAUUCUUCCCGGAACCGUUGACGCAGCCGCGCGCGAACCUGAUCGAUCUCCUGCCGUUAUAAUGACAUGCGAUGAUCGUAAGCUCUUGAUGACGGAAUGCUUUCAGACGCAGAUUACAUUUACUCUAUUUUCCUUAUUUUAUUUUCACUUGAUGAGUUCUUUUUGUUACAAUGCGCAGGUUAAUUCUCAUUUUCGGCAGACUGAUGACAUGCUUCGCCAGCUAAUGCGAUUAGCGCUUUUUUUAUAUUUUCGAUGCGUUAUGUAUCAAUGGGGAAAAAACGUGCAAUGUUCGUUUCCUGUUCCGUUGAAAGUUAUGUUCAUUUCGAUCAUUGUUAUGAUAUUUGUGCCUAUUAGCAUUCUUCUCUUCCGCGCGAACUGUCUAUUUAAAUCAGUUUUUCUGAGGCGGAACAUUCUAUGAUUCUAUAAUUACCUACGUUUAAUUCAUAAGAUCGAGCCCUGUGAACUUUGUGAUAUCGAUAGCUUUCUAAUCGAGUCGACUGGUUAGUUGAUACAUAAGUAAAUUAGUUUGGUCCUUUUAUAUAUAUACAUAUAAUCUCUCUCUCCUACUCUAAUUUAUGUGCUUAGACCAGCCCAGCCAUAACGUUGUUGUUAUUAUGUUUGCUAUAAUAAUAUAUUUGUCGAACGAACUGAAAAAAAUGGAUAAAACUGAGCGAUAAUUUAAGAAAGCUCUAUGAUAGUCUAAGAAAGCUCUACUAAAGCGUAAAUGUUUGACAUCUGCAUCGCAUUCUGCAGGUUGUCUCGUCCAAUUUGUCCGCUUGAUAAAACCCAUAAAAUUAUCUGCCAAAAUUAAUUAACUGUGACAUUAAAUCUCAAAUUUAACAAAUCAAAAGUCACUCCUUCGCUUAUAGAGAUAUGAAAAAUAUUAUGAUUAAUAUAAUGCAGCUAUAUAUACAGCAUUCUCAUUUAAUUAAUGAUAAUUAUUUUAAUCGCACAAAAUAUCGAGCAAUUUUUCCAAUAAGAAAAAAAUUACAUCUUUUAUUUUAAUAAUUAUUAUAAUUAAGAAAAUUGUAUAUUAACCAUAAUGUUUGUUUUUUUUCUCUCGACUUCCAAAUUGUACGAAUAACGAAUAAUUACUUCUUGUCUACUCACGCUUGCAGUUAUAGACAAUAACUACUACAAAGCCAUUUCAAGUGGUCGAAUUGGAGACAACAUCCUGUACGUCGAUUCUUUUCUCUCUCUCUCUUGUAAAAUAUCUCUCCUUUGAUAUAUUCUCUGUCAUUUAUUUCGUUUAUAAUCUAAGAAUACGUUCAUUCACCGGAAAUGCCUUCUAACGAAAAUGCGGAAUCUGAAAAUGUAUUAUUGCAAAUAUUGACGCAGGCUAACGUUACAGUUAAAUCAUUUAUAAUUCUCCCGGACUCACCCUUCUAGUCUCGCCGAAUUGAUUCAUCAUCAAAUCAAUUCGUUCACUAUGCAGUGGAAUCCGCACGCGAAUAUAAAACUGUCUUGUUAACGUGUACAUAAAUUAUAUCCAUGCGAUGGUAGAGAGUCAGGAUUUCUUUUGUACUAUAAUUAAUUAUUCGCGCAGCGCACUUGUUUUGUUGUUUGUUAUUUAACCGAGAUAUAUUGUACAUAGCGACAUGUAUUGUAAUCAGCCUGGCGCGAGCUUUAAGGUGUUACGAGGAAAGGGGUGCAAGUGUGAAUAUACUAUACAUACAUACAUAUAUAUAUUAUAAAAGCGAGAAAAAGCAAAAGCUUAAAAAGUUAUACAAUCGCUGAAUUCUGACGCGCGUAUUAUCUUUGUAUAUACGUAUGUAAUUGUACGAUGUAAGGAAUGCCCGAGGAUUUUUAUAAUGUAACAGUUACGCUAAGUUAGAUAACGGAAUUGUAAAAAAGGAAAGCACCCGGAAGGUAUACCAAGGAGUGAACGUGUGAAGCGUGGAAACCGGAAGUAGAAAUUGUGCUUCCGCUGAGGAGGAGAAACGGAACGAUAACGCCAUUCCUCUCAUAAAUAUACAUAUAUAGAUAUACACACACACAUUAGAUGGCUUGAAGGGUCAAUAUUUUUCGCGUGUGUAUAUUCAACUGUGUACGUGCGCCGACUUCUAGCUUUUUCCACCCCAUGCCUCCCUCUUCUUUCGAUCUUUCUCCGAAGAGGUACAAUCUUCUUUUAUCGCCCUCGUUUUAGUUUCCGUAUACGAAUAAGGUAACUGUAUAAUCGUGAGAAAUCGUCGCUUGCACUUUGCUCUUACGAAACGAGGCCAGUGAAGCAGGUUUUCAUUGAUCUGCUUUGAUUUGAGAAAGCGAUACGGGAGAUCAAUGAAAAUCUUGGUGGAAAAAGCUAGAAGUCGAGUGUGGCGCACAUGCACAGUUGAAUAUAUACACGCGCGAAAUAUUGACCGUUCGAGCUUCGAAGCACGAACGAAACGGAAACGUUGAUAUCCGAAGUUCUAGUCAGAUAAUAAAUGUUUAUAAAAAUACAUGUGAGAAAAAA